AUAAUUUAAAUUUAUUGUGCAGACGUGUUAUAUUUUACUGUCAUUUGAGUGUUUUCCAAAUCCUUGGAUUAUUACCUUGGAAAGUUAACAUUAAAAAAAUUUUUGGAAGUGACAAUCAUAAAAAUAAUUAUGUUUAUCCCUACGAAAGUUCGAAUUAUGGAAGUUUAUAUAAUGUUUUUUUAAUUUUUACUUUCUCUGUUUAUUUUAUUAUCGCACGUAUAUUUGAUGAUGGAAGUAAAGGCCUGGACAAUUCUAUAAUAAUUCAAUUAGCUGGAUCAAGUUUGACAAUAUAUGGAGUUGUUGGUACCAUCAUUAUAUGGCUCAGUUAUAUGUUACGUCAAAAAAUAAUUGCUGAUGCCGCUAAUGAGCUCCAUAAUAUGGACAAAGACUUAAAAAGAUGUAGGCAUUAUACAACAGAAAAUGAUUAUUCGAUUUUCUUUGUAUUUGUUGUAAAUUUCGUUAUUUGUGGUGGCGUCAAUUCAAUUGAAAUAUUUUUGCGCAUCGAUAUGACAAUGGUAUUGUGGGCAAUACCAAGUAUUGUUUGCAGCUGGGUUUUGAUUCAAUAUACUUUAUUUUUGAACACCAUUAUUCAAAGAUUCAAAACGAUAAAUAGAACUUUAUUAAAAUUUGGAAAUAUAGAUACUGAAAAUGAAUUUAAUGCAAUAUUUGUACAAAAAAUUAUGAUUCAUGAAUUGGUUUCUACUGACAUUGCGUAUAUCAGUUAUGCUAACAUGAGACUGUGUGAAAUUUGUAAUAAAGUUUCAGAUUUUUAUGCAUUUCCAGCAUUGAUAGCUGUAACUUAUUUUAUGUCAGCAUCUACAUUUACUGUAUAUUUUCUCAUUUUAACGUUCAUCAAGAGUAAAUUUGAAGACUCGUUUUUGGUGAAUAUUGACUGUGCUUCAUCGCUUUUGAUGAGUCUUUUUGGUCUCGUCACUUUAACAACUUAUGUCACCAGAAUCACACGAGAAUUUGGAAAAACGGCUACUUGUAUUCAUUCGCUUUUGGAUCGAUGUACAACUUUAGCUGUAAAAAACGCUCUAAUCACCUUUUCAGACGAUCUUCUACAUAGAAAUAUUAAAUUUGAUUCUUACGGAAUCAUUGUACUAGAUGGUUUUUUGUUGCAGUCGAUUUUUGGUACCAUUGUAACAUAUCUUAUUAUACUAAUACAAUUUCGUUCUAAAUAAGUUGCGAUGUAUUGAGAUACUUGGAAAUACAGUUAUAAAAUGUUCAUUAUAAUCAACAAUGGGA